AUGGCCCGACAGACGCCCAGCGGAAGUCGAACCAGCACGAUUGAUUCACAAACAUCGGCGCCGUCACCAUCACAGCUGUAUACAGGCGGACCUCGAAGUGGCAGCGGAAACUACAACUCAAGCGUGAACAGCAGCCAGACUAGUCUUCAUGAACAAGAUAGCCAAGAAGGUGGGCCCGACAGGCCACCAACCUCAGCUGCACGCACACCAGGGUCGGGUAUGACCCCGUCGCCAGCGAUGGCACAAACAGCUGGAUUAGCAACACCCUCGAGUUCAACUCAAGGGCUCUCUGGUCUGGUCUGUAAUGUACAUCGUACCACUGGUCGCGAACCACAUCCCCUGGUUGGCGCGACCACCACGAUCCUUGGCGACAAACUUUACGUGUUUGGAGGAAGGAGACUGUCACGGACAAGACCGCAACUCACAUCCGAUCUGUAUGAAUUAGAUCUUGUCAAGCGCCACUGGACAAAGGUUGAAACAAAAGGAGAUAUACCACCUCCGCGAUACUUUCACAGCGUAUGUGCGCUCGGCGACACGAAGCUUGUCUGUUAUGGCGGUAUGUCGCCUGCGACAUCACCGGCAAACCAAUCAACCCAGAUCUUGCAGGGCACACCAGCAGAUGCGCAGCCUGAAGUCGUCGUAAUGUCAGACGUCCACAUCUAUGAUGCAGCCAUGAGGACCUGGAUGCACGUUGGCACGAAUGAUGCGCCUCAGGGUCGCUACGCUCAUUGCGCGACAAUACUGCCAUCGUCUGCUGUCUUCAGUUCAACUGGGGCUGCCAUGACAGCUAUAAGGCACAAUCCGUCAUCCGGCAACCCUAACCAGGGGUCGAUAGGUAUCAACCUUGAGGGCGAUGGAGGUGCUGAAAUGGUAGUUGUGGGUGGACAAGACAGCGCGAACCAUUAUAUCGAACAAAUAAGUGUCUUCAAUCUGAGAAGCUUGAAGUGGACGACGACCAGCACACUAGGGAGGAGUUGCGGCGCGUACCGCAGCGUUGUAUCACCUUUGACAAGCAUGCCCGCCAACGAGAUAGGUGCGGGGACACGUGGAGAACCUAGGUCAUUGGACGAGCCAUCUUCGAAUCCAACCGGCGAAUCAUCGAUGCUCAUCUAUUCGAACUACAAUUUCCUGGACGUCAAGCUGGAACUCCAGGUCAGACAUCCAGACGGGUCGUUGUCUGAGAGGCCAAUGAACGGUAACUUCUCACCGCCAGGACUACGCUUCCCUAAUGGUGGAGUGAUCAACAAUCAUUUUGUCGUCAGUGGGACAUUCUUGACAUCGUCGAAACAAGAGUACGCACUAUGGGCGCUAGAUCUGCGAACAUUAAAUUGGGGCCGGAUAGAAGCUGGGGGCAACAUCUUCAGUCAAGGAAGUUGGAACCGAGGCGUGUUAUGGCAACGACGAAACAGCUUUGUGAUUCUGGGCAACCGCAAACGAAGCCUUGUAGAAGACUACAACCAUCGACGGAUCAACUUCUCGAACAUGUGCGUAGUCGAACUAGAGGCUUUUGGGUUGUAUGACAACCCUCGCAAGAUCACGCCAAGCUCCUCAUUUGGGUCUAUUAGCGCUCCACCACAGAGUGAUGGCCUCGAUAUGUUGGCAGGUGGCAGGGCACUAUCACCACCAGCUAUCGAACUUGGCCAGAUCACGUUAGGCAUGCGCGAAUUGGCAGAUAUGGACUUCCUCGCUAUACAUGGUGAGCGGAUACCAGUCAACUCGCGCAUGGUCGCACGACGCUGGGGCCCUUACUUCAACCAACUCCUCCGCGAAAGCAUACAGAACGCCGAAAAAGACAGCGCAGAUGCUGCAACCUUGCGUCCAGCCACAGGCGGCCACCCCUCUCGCAUGUCCAGCAUAACUAUCACGCCAUCAAUCCGCACCACCCAUUCGGCAGCCACAACCCUUACAGCAAACACCAUCACCUCUUCAGAAACAACAGCCGUCUCAAGUACAGCAUACAACUCCCUCUCGCCACCCGACCCAACGACACAACCGCCAUCACGGCGUCCACGCACACUUUAUCUACCGCACACUCACCUCACACUCCAAGCGCUGAUCCACUACCUCUACACAUCCUCCCUCCCGCCCCAAAGCAGCCAACUCUGCACACCACAGAUAUUAUGCUCACUCCUCCAACUCGCGCGCCCCUAUCACAUCGAUGGGCUGCUGGAAGCCAUCAUUGAACGCCUGCACGUCCUGCUCGACAACCGCAACACAGCCGCCGUCUUUAACGCAGCAGCUAUGGCCGCAGGAGGCGGUAGCGGUAUCGCGUUCAUGGGCGUCAACAACCUGUCUUCCACGAAUCUUAACGGCACAAACGGAUCUAGUCUGCACAUCGAGGGCGAGAGCAGUAUGUCGGCCGGACUGAGGGCGCUGCGGAUCGAUACGUCUGUAUCGCCGAGUGAGGACGAGGUUAGCUCCGCGGUCAGCGAGGGGACUAGUGCGAGCGCCAGUGAUUCCGAAUAUGGCAAAAGCAGUCUGAAUGACAGGGAGGUGUGGAGCGGGGUUCAGAGCGCGGUUGUGGGUUUGCAGAAACGUGGCUUGAGGGGUCUUAUGGAGGGGAGGCGGAUUAGGGAGAUGGGGAGGAGCGUGAGGGAGAGGAGGGAUGCUAGCGAGAGUAGGGCGAACGGCGAGGGUGUGGGACUGGGGUUAACGUGA